UGGUCUCAAACUCCUGGCCUCAAGUGAUCCUCCUGCCUUGGCCUCCCAAAGUGUUGGGAUUUCAGGAAUGAGUCACCACUGUCUGGCCCAUUUUCAUUUUCUAUAAAGCAAGGUUAUCUACCAAAACUUAUGUCCGUUUUUUCAGUAUACUGGGGAGUCUCUCUAAAGAUAAAUUAACAUACCCUGUACACAUCUAUCUAUAUGAUAAAAGAUGCUUUUUAGUCAGGUAUUAUGUUUCUGUUAGAUGUAGUUUGGCUGGUAUGGGUCACAUUCCAGCAUGAUGUGAAGUAAGGAGCUACGCAUGGGGUAUUUCGAAAAGUGGGUAAAACAAAAGUCACACUGGGAAUAACGAGAGGGGAAGUUUCAAGGUCAGGUCAAAUUUAUAUGUGAAGGCCCAGAAGCCCAGGAGUGCUAAUCAAUUUUAAAGUAGUGGUUGGCUACCAAACCAUUUACACUUCUAACACUAUUAUUAGUAAAAUCUCUCAUUCUAGUAGGGAUUGGGUGUAUGUGUGUUUUAAAAAACACCCUGCUGCAGCCUAUUAAGCCGACUGAGUUCCUUUCCUCAUGGGGGCCCAGUGUGCAAUGGCUACAAACAGCAGCUUCCUUGGUAGUGUAUGCAGCCUGUUUGUUGUAUCGGUUGCUCUAAGGGACCUUGGAGACAGUCCUUUCAGAUGGAUGUACAUGUUUCUGACCUUGCACUACCCCAGUGUAGGCUUCAAACAGGCAUGCGAGGUGCCUUUGGAAAGCCCCAGGGCACUGUGGCCAGGGUUCACAUUGGCCAAGUUAUCAUGUCCAUCCGCACCAAGCUGCAGAACAAGGAGAAUGUGAUUGAGGUCCUGCGCAGGGCCAAGUUCAAGUUUCCGGGCCACCAGAAGAUCCACAUCUCAAAGAAGUGGGGCUUCACCAAGUUCAAUGCCAAUGAGUUUGAAGACAGGGUGGCUGAGAAGCGGCUCAUCCCAGAUGGGUGUGGGGUCAACUACAUUCCCAACCAUGGCCCUCUGGACAAGUGGCGGGGCCCUGCAUUCAUGAGGGCUUCCACUGUGCUGCCCCCUCUUAAUACUCACCAAUAAAUUCUACUUCCUGUCCACC